CUCCCAUGCAUGCAUCGGAAUGGUAAGAAGAGAAUGCGCAUGGAUGCCCCGGAUACGAUGUGGAGCAGUUGAAGUUGAUGAAGAAACUAUUGGCCACAAAGCGUCCACAUUUAAACGUGUGUCUCGUAAAUUAAAGUGCAAAUAGAUCUCCACUGAGUCUUUGCUUUGUUGGGGGCAGACCAGACUCACUGACUGAUGGAAAUAGAGAAGAGGAAAAAGGGGAAAUCUCUUCGCUCAAGCAGAAGCACCACGAACUGGCGGGGCAACAUUUAACGUCUUUUUUUUCGGGUGAUAUGUAGGGCUUUUUUUUUUCUGUUCUUUUAUUUUGUUUUUUGUUUGUUUGUUUGUUUGUUUUCGUCGAUCGGUGGACUAUGUAGUUAGUGUUUGCACUUGCGAGUAGUAUGCUAUUGACUCCGAUAUGUCUAAUGUGACGCCGAGUAAAAGCGUGGAAUGGCUGCAACUCGAGUUAGAGUCCGGGGGCACUUCUCUCCUCCUGCUGGACUGCCGUUCACAUGAGCUUUAUGAAUCAUCCCAUAUAGAGACCGCCAUAAACCUGGCCAUUCCGGGGCUGAUGCUCCGGAGGUUCAGAAAGGGAAACAUACCUAUCCGGGCUAUCAUUCCCAACCACGAGGAUAAGGAGAAGUUCAUGAGACGGUGCAAGACGGACACGGUCCUUCUGUACGAUGAGUGCUCCGUGGGCUGGCAGGACAGCGGGACUCCGACGUCGGUUCUGGGUCUGCUUCUUCAGAAACUGUGGGAAGACGGCUGCACAGCGUAUUAUCUGGAAGGUGGGUUUGUAAAGUUCCACACGGAGUACCCAGAGCACUGUGAGACCCUCUUGGACAGCUCCUGUCCCAGCUCCUCACCGCCAGUGUCUGUUCUGGGCUUCGGAAAUCUCAGAAUCAGCUCCGAUUGUUCCGACGGGGAGUCUGAUCGCGAGCCUACCAGUGCCACAGAGUCCGAGGAGAGCCCCAUUCCGAGUAAUCAGCCUGCCUUCCCUGUCCAAAUCCUACCCUACCUUUAUCUGGGCUGUGCCAAAGACUCCACUAACCUAGAUGUGCUGGGCCAGUACAACAUCAAGUACAUCUUGAAUGUCACACCCAAUCUCCCCAACAUGUUUGAGCAUGAUGGACACUUCAGGUACAAACAGAUCCCCAUUUCGGACCACUGGAGUCAGAACCUGUCCCAGUUCUUUCCAGAGGCAAUAUCAUUUAUAGACGAGGCUAGGUCAAAGCAAUGUGGCAUCCUGGUCCACUGCCUGGCUGGCAUCAGCCGCUCAGUCACCGUCACUGUGGCCUACCUGAUGCAGAGACUCCACCUCUCUCUGAAUGAUGCUUACGACUUUGUCAAGAGGAAGAAGUCUAACAUUUCGCCAAACUUCAACUUCAUGGGUCAGCUCUUGGACUUUGAGAGAACUCUGGGGCUGCACAGUCCCUGUGACAACUGUUCUACCAACCAGGAGCAGCUCUUUUUCACCACACCAACCAAUCACAAUGUCUUUCAGCUAGAUACGCUGGAGUCGACAUGAGAUGUGAUAGAACAGCCUUUUUUUUGUGGUUUCCUGAGGUGACUCUGAGGUUUCUGAGCCUGUCAGGUGGCUGACACUUAUAGUACGUCAGUUACAGUAUUUCUGCACCAAAAGGAACUACUCCUAUAUGCAGAAAACAUACUCUGUUAGAUCCAGUCUCAAUGCCUUAAUAUCUAACACAAUGAUGACUUUUGGUAUCUGACAUACAUGGUAUUAAUGAAUGGUCAUGUACAGCCAUAAUAACAAGACAUUUCUCUAGCAUUGUUCUUUGACUGUUAUUUGCUUUUCACCAGCUGUACAAUGGAUGUUCCUGUAUCUGUAUCAGUCAUCAAUAUUGCCUUGAUGGUCUAAAAAAAAGUCUUUGGCCAAUUAGAAUGUUUUCUUUGAACCGAUAUGAGAUAUUUGGGGGGGUUACCU